ACAAAAGUCAAGUCAUAGGUGUUAGGUAGACAUUGAAAAUGGAGACGCUAAAAAUAUCGCCAUUCACCGUAUUCAACUGCCACUGCGGUUCGUUUCUCCCGGCAGACUCCCAAUUCCAUCUUCUUAAUUAUUCCAGGGAGAGUGCAAAUUCAUCAGGAUCAUGACUGAGUCAGUUGGGAGUAGGAACAUGGAUAAAAAGCUUAUACAAAUCGAUAUAAGCUCCGACACGGUUUGCCCGUGGUGUUUUGUUGGCAAAAAAAAUCUUGACAAAGCAAUUUCUGCUUCUCAGGAUCAAUAUGAUUUUGAGUUGAAUUGGCAUCCUUUCCAGCUCAACCCUUCUGCUCCCAAAGAAGGUGUUGUUAAGACAGAAUAUUACAGGAGUAAGUUUGGAAUUCAAUCUGAACAGAUGGAAGCUCGGAUGGCAGAGGUGUUUAGGGGUCUUGGACUGGACUAUGACACUUCUGGGCUGACGGGAAAUACUCUAGACAGCCAUAAGCUUAUAUAUUUGGCUGGCCAACAAGGCUUAGGCAAACAACAUGAUCUUGUGGAGGAGUUAUGCCUUGGAUACUUCACUCAGGGAAAAUACAUUGGUGACAGAGAUUUUCUUUUGGAAUGUGCUAGAAAGGCAGGGGUGGAAGGAGCAGCAGAGUUUCUCGAGACCGCUGAUAAUGGAGUUAAGGAGGUCAAGGAGGAGCUUGAGAAGUACUCGGGUAAAAUUUCAGGAGUUCCCUUUUAUGUUAUCAAUGGGAAGCACAAAUUGAGUGGUGCUCAACCCCCUGAGGUUUUUCUAAGAGCUUUUCAAGUGGCAGGGAAGUGACUGAAACUUAAAUGAAGCUUGAAUUUAACCGUCAAUAAGAAUGUAACUUUCUGUUACUAAAAUCAGUAUUCUAUACUUAUUCCUGUAUUUACUACCAUAAUGGAAUACAUUUUCAGAUCAAACUGCUAAUUAUAGAUAGAAAUUUGUUUGCCAAGUAAUGAAAUACUUGGAUGUACACUAUUAGUAUUAUGCCAUGCGGCUGUCCUUCAUGCGAUAGAGAUUACAUACCCAACUUCUAAUAAAAGCAAGCACCUCUCAGUGCCUAAACGCCA